GGCACCGUCCGCGCCGACGGUUCCAUCACCCUCAUCCGGGGGGGCCCCGUCACCGCCCUGGUGGACACGGGGGGACCCUGGGACCGCGACCGCCUGCUGGAGCUGUUGGCCGCCCAAGGGUUGUCCCCCAACAGCGUCACCCACGUGGUUUGUACCCACGGCCACUCGGACCACGCGGGGAACGUCAACCUCUUCCCCGCCGCCACCUUGGCGGUGGGGUUGGACCUGAGCCGCGGCGACGGGCGCUACCUCCCCCACGGCUUGGCCGAGGGGCGUCCCUACGUCCUCCACCCCGCCGGCCUCGAGGUGACGGCCACCCCGGGCCACACGCCGGACCACGUCAGCGUGGUGGUACGCGGUACCGCCCUGGGGACCGUGGUGGUGGCCGGGGACUUGUUCGAGAGGGAGGAAGACGAGGAGGAGUGGCGGGCGUUGAGCCAAGACCCGCGGAAGCAAGAGCGAAGCCGGCGCCGGGUGUUGGCCGUGGCUGACGUCAUCGUGCCGGGGCACGGCCCCCCCUUCCGCGUCUGCAGGGAGCGGGGCGACGGCGACG